ACAACAGUGACGUUUCUCUGUGAUGUUUGGUCUGCAAAACACUCUGCAUGCCCGGUGUUUUAAUUUCAAAAUUUAGUUUAAAAUUUUCAUCAUAAAAAUCAAGCAAUGCCUGCCGAAGGACACCAACCCGAAGUAACGAAAGAAAAAGUGCCCUGCCGGACGUGUACGGACUUUAAAUCAUGGUCCAAAAUGCAGCGGAAAGCGCUUUCCACGAGUGCAAAACCACCCUCGUCCGAAGUGACGACACCCAAAACUGUCGAUACACCUCCCCCACCGGAACCAAGUGGGCCCCCAAAGCACUGCCCCCUGGAUAAGGAACGGCUCGGGCGACACACGUGGGGCCUCCUGCACACUAUGGCUGCCUACUAUCCGGAUGAGCCCUCCCCGCAGGAUCGGACCAACGUGCAGAAGUUUUUCGAAGCAUUUGCCAAGGUGUACCCCUGCGAGUACUGCGCCAAGGAUUUCCAAAAAGAGCUAAAGGAUUCGCCUCCGGAAGUCAAAUCACAACACACACUGUCCCAGUGGCUGUGUCGGAUGCACAACCGGGUCAACGUAAAAAUAGGAAAACCCGAAUUCGACUGUUCCAAAGUGAACGAGCGCUGGCGGGAUGGGCCGGCGGAUGGUUCCUGUGAUUGACUAAUAUAGUUAUAAACCAGCUACUUUGUUAUGGAGCAGCGUGAUGUACAGAAUGGUGGGCAAACGAAACGGCCAAGAUCGCUUGAACCUCCGAGAGAUGCAAUCAACCUGAAUAGUAUUGAAAAUACAAAUUGUUUGGUGUUAAUUUA